UCGCCGCUACACAUCCAUCCCUUUCACUGCCAGAGAAGGAGAAAGGCAAGCGAGGAGGAGAAAGAGGAGGAGGGCUGUGCGCAUCGUCGGUGCCAAUAGGCGCAGCGCUAUCUAAUUAAACCCCUACCACGUAAUCCAAACGACACCAUCCCCCCAUUUAAAUCCACUCCACCAGCGCUCAUCACUUAAACACACACAGCCCUCCGCUGCUGUCCCGUCCCUGCCUCUGGAGGAAGACCGAGCCGCAAUACCAGCAGUACCGCCACGGCUGCCUCAGCCUGCACGGUAACAUGGUUUGCAGGGUUUGGUUGUUGUAGCUCAGGGCCACCUUAGCUUAGUUACGCAGCCAGCCGGCGAAGUGUUGGAAGCGUGUGAGUGUGCUGAAAGAAACAGCACCCUAGCCAAAAGAAAAAAACAAAAAGAGAGAGAGAGAUCUCGAUCUCUCUCCAGCAAGGUUAUUCAGCCGGAGCUCCGAAGGGGGGGAAGGCGUCCAGAGCGAGCCGAGCAUCACUGCAUCUCCACCGGCAGCAGGGAUACUCUCCGCUUCCCCAUCUCCACAACGGGUGUGAAAAGCAGCCUGGCUAGUGCUACAGACACCUUUGUUGUCAAGGAAACCAAAAAACCUGUCCCGUUGCCAUGGGGAAACAGAACAGCAAGCUGCGGCCAGAGAUGCUACAGGACCUCCGGGAGAAUACCGAGUUCUCCGACCACGAGCUGCAGGAGUGGUACAAGGGUUUCUUGAAGGAUUGCCCCAGUGGAACCUUGAAUGUGGAGGAGUUCAAGAAGAUCUACGCCAACUUCUUUCCCUACGGUGACGCUUCCAAGUUUGCUGAGCAUGUCUUCCGUACUUUUGACACCAACGGUGACGGAACGAUAGACUUCCGGGAGUUCAUCAUCGCCUUGAGUGUGACGUCACGGGGAAAGCUGGAGCAGAAGCUGAAAUGGGCCUUCAGUAUGUACGAUCUGGAUGGAAAUGGGUACAUCAGCCGUGAGGAGAUGCUGGAGAUAGUACAGGCCAUCUACAAAAUGGUGUCAUCUGUGAUGAAGAUGCCAGAAGAUGAAUCCACGCCAGAGAAAAGGACAGAUAAGAUCUUCAGACAAAUGGACCUCAAUAAUGAUGGUAAAUUAUCCCUGGAGGAGUUUAUCAAAGGUGCCAAAAGUGACCCCUCCAUUGUUCGGCUACUCCAGUGCGACCCCAGCUCGGCCUCUCAGUUCUGAACCGCCCGGCUGCCGCGAGCCUCUUCUUUUUUUUCUCACUUUUUUUCUGUUAUUGUUCAGUCGCUCUAAUCAAUGCAUGAUGGUUCGCAUCUCAUAUCAUCUAUUUUGCUGUUUUGUGGAGGGAUUGAAGAAGAAAAUAAGAAGAAAUCAUUUUCAUUUUGCUUUUAUAUUUAAGAAAAUAAACGGACAUGCAUACAUACAAUGAUUGGUCCAAAGGGCGUUCCCGAAUAUCUUGAGCUGUAUCUGGAACGAGGGAUUUCCACAGAGCUUGUUGCACCGUGUGGAUGUUUUCUGCAGUGUGGGGAUGGCUCAUAUUCUCCUCCAACACUUGUGUAUAUCAUGUAUAUACUGAAGUAAGUUUAUGUAUGUCAUAAGAUGAAGUACAUUUGUCUUCAUUUGCUGUAUGGCACAUACUCUCUUGCAUUGAAAGGCAGUAUUAUGUAGCGUAGCUUCCUGGUCUGAUGUGAAUGGGUGGUGGGGAUGGGGGAGGGAGUCUUGGGAUUUUACUGCUAUAUGAUCUUUCGCUAAGAAAAUUGAGGGCCUAAGAUCCCAUUAGGUUUUUAUUGAUAUCUACUGAAUUUUUUUUUUCUAAUUUUGAAUGGAUGUUAUUUUUUCUUUAUUUGUACAUAUCAUUUUCCUCUUUCAUGUUGUUUUAUUUAUUUUUAUUCUUUAUAUUGUGGUUUGAUAAGUUGCUCGAGAUGACUGUAUUCCAGUUUACAAUGACGAAGUGAAGACAAAAAGUUGAUCUCUCUGGGAUAUAUGGAUUUGUUCAAGAUAAAGAAUAUGAAAUUCCAGAGAAACAGUGGGGAAUCCAUUAAUGCAUUUGGAUCAAUGACACCAAUAGCACAUAUAGUUUUAGCCACAUGUUUUUAAAAGUGCAGCUGUCCAUUUGGUCCGAAUGCGUGUGUGCAUGUGAAUAUACACCGUAUGCUUGAGACUAUGUUUUACAGUAUUAUCAUGUUGUGUUGUCUCUUAAUUUCUAAGUAUCUUAAAAAAAUCUUUAAUAUCGAGCAGUAAACAUAAGAUAGUUGUAACCUGUCACUAUACUGCAUGAUCCUACAAACCAGACGGUGACAAAAGCUCACAACAAACAGUUUACGCACAGUGAUAUCUUUUUGUAGCUCUGCAGCCUCCUCAGAAAUGUUUGGAUCUUUCUCUAGCUUUGGGGCAACCCCAUCCUCUUUCCCCCUUUGCCGGUUCUUCUUUCUUCUGACAGGAAUCACUAAGGGCUUCUUCAUCUCUCUAUAGCUGAAUGCUUUUCUGAAUUCCUGGAUCAGUCCGCUUGCAGAGCAGUAAGAUAAAGGGACAUGUUUCAUGUAACAACAGCAAGUUCAAACACUUGGAUUUCUUAUUAUUUUUUAGGGUGUCCAGACAUAUGAAGUACACUGAUGAUGAACAGUGCUUUGAUUUUAUAUUAGACCUGCACCAUAAAUGUUCAAGACGCUUACUCCAUUUGAUUUCAUUCAUACAUUGAGCACUAAUGGCAACUAUUAAAAGAUCAGACUUUCACUAUGUGUGAUGUUAAAAUUAUCCUGAAAUACUGUGCACAUAUGCACAAGCAGCAUUGUUUUCUUAUGUCUCAUUUUGAAUUCCUCUAUUCCCAUUUUCUCUUUUGGAUGUUAACACAAUCUUACAAAUUCAGUCUAAGGUGGGGAGCAUGAUGCACAAGGAGGUGCACAUUCAGAAUCUCUGUAUUUAACCAUUCCCUUGCCCAUAUUAAAACAUUCUUAUUAAACUGAAUGAAAAUGGUAGAAUUUAUAUCAUAUAUUACACUAGAAAAGUGCAAUGGUUAUUAUCAUUACCCAAUUCCAUUUUCUUUCACGCUGAAUAAUUGUGUGCAAGUGAACAACUAGUGAGAGCAUGACGGCUGUUCAAUAGACAUUAAGACUGAUCUAAAGUUCAUCUGUACAAAACAUUUGUCCAGGAGCUUCCUAACCAGCUGCACCUCUGCUUUGGGGAUCCUUGAGUGUCACUGCCUUCUGCUGGUAGGAUAAGAAACAACAGUUGCUUCUCCUUGAGCUACCGUUUCAAUCCUUUUCUAUUCUCACUGCCUCUUGAUGAACUGGUAUCUUGUGUUGAAUAAAUAAGCCCCCUUCUUUCUUUCUCUUAUCCUCACCCCCCACCACCCCAGCCCCUCCCCUUACUAUUUUUCUGUUGCAUGAUAACCUCAAGUGAGGAUGCCAUGUUUGUUCUGUUUGACCUGAUAUCUAAAUAUACCUAUGUGUUUCAAAGCA